GUUUCCCCUCACUCUCUUGCACGCACGGACGCUUAUCGACAGUAGUAACGACAUUCAUAAGUAGAGAUGAGUACGACAGUGCCCGCGAGCGCCAGCCCCAUGCCAGAGGGCGUCACCGAUCCAAACUACAAGCCACUUCCAGGGCGGCUGGGUAACCUCACCGUCGCACAGCUGCAUGCGCUAGACACGCUCCGUAAGCAGCUGCAGGACGAGGGGCACUUUGUGCCCGAAAGAAUGCACGAUGCAGCUUUACUCAGAUUUCUGCGGGCCAGAAAGUUCGACGUAGAGAAGGCGAAAGCGAUGGUCCUAUCGUGCGAGCAGUGGCGGAAGGACUUCGGGGUGGACGACAUCAUGCAGAACUUUGACUUUAAGGAGAAGGCGGAGGUGGACAAGUACUACCCGUCAUACUACCACAAAAUGGACAAGGACGGGCGGCCGGUAUAUGUCGAGCGCCUGGGCAAGCUCGACAUCCCAAAGCUGUACGCGAUCACGACGCAGGAGCGCCAGCUGAAGCGGCUCGUGUACGAGUACGAGAAGUUCCUGAACGAGCGGUUGCCUGCGUGCUCGCAGGCGGUGGGGCAUCCGGUCGAGACGUCGUGCACGAUUCUGGACCUGCAGGGCGUGUCGCUGUCCAACUUCUAUCGCGUGAAGGACUACGUGAUGUCGGCAGCGUCGAUCGGGCAGGACCGCUACCCGGAGUGCAUGGGCAAGUUCUACAUCAUCAACGCGCCGUGGGCGUUCUCGACGGUGUGGACGUUCAUCAAGCCGUGGCUCGACGAGGUGACCGUGUCGAAGAUCGACAUCAUCGGCAGUUCGUACAAGGAGAAGCUCCUCGCGCAGAUCCCUGCGGAGAACAUGCCGAAGGACUUUGGCGGAAAGUGCGAGUGCCCGGGUGGGUGCUCGCUGAGCGAUGCGGGUCCGUGGAAUCCGACGACGUAGAAGAGCGAGCAGGUGGGGGUCUGGGCGUGCGAGGCAUGCAGGGACAUCAGUAUCCUAGCUAUAUACCAUAAUAGAUCCGGGGGACUGCCAAA